AUGGCACUCACAUUCCUCAUCCUGGAAGUUUUCGCCAUGUUGUUCUUACGCGAGAAGCUGGAAGUCAUUGUUGCCGAGAAAGGUUGCGAAGUCUCACUAGUCCUUGAUCAGGGCAGAUACGGUUACGUAAACCGGGGAUGGUCAAAGAAUGUUGUCUUUGCUCGUUUUGGACUUUUAUGUUUACUCGCCUGGUCACUCUGUUACUCGAGUGUGAAUUCACGCAUUGAUCAGCUCUCCAUCAUGGGUUAUCCCAAGGACAAGAUCGCGUUCAUGUAUAUCCACAGGGAGAGGGGCGAGGUGUGCUUCAUCUCCCAAUCCGCAUCAUGGCAUGUCCCGGUUGCCGAUCAAGGAGGCGAUGGUUUCGUGUUUUCUUCCAUGGUUGCGAGCACGGCCGCGGAAUUAGAGGCGGCCAAGAACGCCACGCGCUCCACCGCUCCAGAGAUCCAUAAGUACAAUAUAUCCUUUCUUGACGCCGCGAGCUCAUCAAGCUGGGAGGCGACUGUGUACGAGAGAUACAUUGGCAAUGGAUUCGAGGGCGUGGUUUUCUCCAUGGAUGAACCAGCGCUGGAGUCGAGCGCGACCGAUUACUUGGCCACUCUCCUGCUGGACAACAGCGUCAUGACGAGGGAUUGCCUCCUGGAGCCAUUCGCAUCGCACACUCCACUCGAGGUGGACGUGAUCGCCUCCAAGGUGGUGGACAUCAUCGAGGCAAAUUACAUCCACUUCCCAAGGCACGACCAGUGGUUCACUAGCGGGGGCAAGCAGAGGUUCGCGGACAAGGUGAGGUAUCACGUCGCAAGAAACGUUCCUCUCGAGUUCAUCCUUCCAGCUUUCCCGGUGAAGUCGUGCAACUCCGACAAGACUUUGGGGAAAUACCCCGACAAGGCCGAGGAGCUCGCAAUUCAUUCCAUGAAGAUUGUCGCGGACCUCAUCAAAGCCGUGUACGCCCCCGGUGUGCACUACAACGUCGUCUCGGAUGGCCAUGUCUUCUCUGAUCUCGUUGGAUCUGACGAUGCUACCGUGGAUACAUACGGAGAGAUGUUUCGCGAGAUGGCGCACGAUUUGUAUCCCGGCUUGGUCAGCUUCUACCGCCUAGACGAAUUCUUGCUGGACAACCACAGCGACGAGAGCAUAGAGGAGCUCGUUUCCGGCACCGAGCUGGAGCAUCCCGUCGCCACCGACCUCACCUCCAACGCCGAGACAGCGAGACGAGCUCUCAUCCGCUUGUUUGGAAGUGACGAGUCGGCCGUGCACAGGGACAUCAAGGAGGACCCGGAGACGCGCAAUUUGUACCGCGGCUUCUCCAGGUUCAUGCUUGAGGAUCUCUACGAGCACAAGAGCUGCAAGAGUCUCCCAUCGAAGUCGGCCAAGAAGAAGCUGUGCAGCCAAGUCGGCUUCCUCAUGAUCCUGAGGAACCGCGCCUACUCGGCGAUGGUGGAGUGGCUCUUUCCACUGCAGCUCCGCGUCUCCAUCCACCCGCAUCCAAACCGCGGCCCCAAGUACGGCAUCAACGUCAUUCACUCCUCGCUCGUGGCGGCACAGCGCUCCUCCGAGGAGAGGAACUUCCACAUACCGACGCCGUGGCACAACACAGUCGUGGAGCUGGCCGAUGGCAAGUUCUUGCUGCUGCACUCCAAGGUCAUCCGGGGAUGGGGAUCGGGUGUGGGAGAUUUGGCUUGGGAGCUCGAGCAUGAGAUGCUGCUCAAGCGUGACGGGUUCGAGAUGGCGCUUGUGAGGUAUCCGGAUGGGAGGCCCAGCCACUACAGAUUCCCUGGUCAACUCGGACCAAUUUUGGCUUGCGUGAUUGGAGGAAUUCAGAAAUUUAAAGAGAAUCUAAGCUGGGCUACCUUUCCAGUUCGCUUGCUAUUGGCGCUUGUCAAGAAUGUCGGCCUAAGAAAGCUGUCCGCUGAGAAAUAUUUUCGCUCGGCACGGACUCUCCUGGUUCCACGCUAUCACUUUCCAGGAUCCGAAAUUCAGCUUCUUUGUCUUUCUUUGUCUUUCUUUGUCUUCUUUGUCUGUCUUUCUUUUGUCCCUGUUUAUGAAAAUCUGGCUGUUUGA